AUGUCGGUCAUUGAAACCAAAUCGCCGCACCUUCGAGUGUCGGCCGCGAAAGCAUCCAAGACCGAACCCGAGUCAACAAGGAUCCAGGCACCAGAGGCCCUGGUCGACGACCACUUCUUCUGGACUUACACCGAGGAGCCGCAUCGUUCAAGACGGCAAGCAAUCAUCAAAGCCCACCCGGAGGUCACGAAGCUCUGUGGCCCUGAGCCGCUCACAAAAUGGGUUGUCCUCGGUGUGGUCUCUCUGCAACUUAGCUGCGCCUACCUCCUCCGCAAUACCUCUAUGCUCGACUGGCGAUUCCUGGUGACAGCAUACGUGAUCGGUGCGACUUGCAACCAGAACCUGUUCCUGGCCAUCCAUGAGAUCUCACACAAUCUGGCUUUCCGGUCUCCAUUUGCCAACCGUCUGCUUGCUAUCUUUGCCAAUCUGCCCAUCGGAUUGCCAUACAGUGCUGCCUUCAGACCCUACCAUCUGACACACCACAAAUCCCUCGGAGUAACAGGUCUCGACACCGACCUCCCCACCGCAGUCGAAGCCUUCUUCCUCAACUCCCUCCUGGGCAAGACCUUCUUCUGCACCUUUCAAAUCCUCUUCUACGCCGUGCGCCCAAUGUUCAUCUACAGCCCACCAUUCACAUACAUCCACCUGAUGAACGUCUCCGUCGAAAUCGCCUUCGACUACCUCUUCUCCCAACUCUGCGGAACCUACCAGCCAGUCUUCUACUUCCUAAUGAGCUCAUUCCUAGCCGGAUCCCUGCACCCCUGCGCAGGCCACUUCAUCGCUGAGCACUACUUCUUCUCUAACGUCGAGGCCGGUGGCACAGAGUCCCUGACACAGCUGAAGAACGGAGAGAAGACCAAGAAGCCGCAUCCCCUGGACUCACUUCCUCCCCCAGAGACAUACUCCUACUACGGCCCCCUCAAUAUCCUCACUUACAAUGUGGGAUUGCAUAACGAGCACCACGAUUUCCCGGCUAUUCCGUGGACCAAGCUGCAUAAGUUGCAUGAGAUCGCGAGUGAUUUCUAUGAGCCGCUUCCUUGCCAUCGGAGCUGGGUGUGGGUUAUCUAUACAUUUAUUCUGGAUAAGAAUGUUGGACCCUGGUGCCGUGUGAAGCGCGAGCAGGGUGGUCGUAUUGUCGGUGGUGGGAAGAAGGGUGAUAAGACUGCUGGUCAGGGGACUGGGCGCGGUGGUGAAGGUAUCUCGGCUGCGUCGGCGGGUCCGGCGGGUGAGGAAGGCGAUGGCUGGAAAGAGAGUGAGAUUCAGUGCUAG